GAGAGAGAGUAAAAAGCUGCAGGUUGGAACCAAGGUGCGUUGACCUGCAGAGUGAGAUCUCACCGAGGAGGAGAGGAAGAGAAGGACUGCAGAACCCAAAGCCUCUGCUGCCGUCAGAAACCACCUGUGGCUCCAGCUGCUGCCUUGAACUUCACAAACUUGGGCCAACUACUGCAGAUGGCUGCGAUGCUGAGGCCAUGGACGAUGCUGGUGGCCGCUGUGCUGUGUGUGCUGGUCUGUCUGGGAGCGCUGGCAGACGCCUACCCUCCAAAGCCAGAGAACCCUGGAGAGGACGCUCCACCUGAAGAACUGGCCAAGUACUACACGGCCCUGAGACACUACAUCAACCUGAUCACCAGGCAGAGAUAUGGGAAGCGCUCGGCUCAGGAGGACGUGGUCGAAGAGCUGCUGUUUGGAGGCGACAGCAGCAGAGACCAGAGAUCAAGAUACGAUGACUCUUUCAUGUGGUGACGCUGCAGCCCUCCUUCCUCCUCAUAGUGCUUCUCUUCUGGGGCCUUCCCAGAAUGCACCUGGAGGAGCCAACAGGUGCCUCUCACCCCCUCUAAAGCCAACAGAAUGACCAUCGCUGACCGGAGCACAAGCUCUCUCUCUGUCUCUCGUCAUUUCGACAACGUUGUUGUUCUAACAGUGCUGUGCCGUAAGUCAGUGUCCAGAUUAAAACAUGUGAGGUCAGAGCAGCCAGUCGAACGGGGAGCCGUGUCUUUGUGUCCCUCCAUCACUGUGUCGUGAAGACAUUCUGUUUCGCUGUUGCCACUGUCGAGAGGAAGAACAGAGGGUGUGAAUAAAACCAUUUUCUGUGUGACUAA